CGGGACAGUGUCCCCGAUAGGAAACCGACAGAAAGAUGGCUGCAAUCAGAAAGAAACUAGUGAUAGUUGGUGAUGGAGCUUGUGGCAAAACCUGUCUCCUCAUAGUGUUCAGCAAAGAUCAGUUCCCUGAGGUCUAUGUGCCCACUGUGUUUGAAAACUAUGUGGCAGAUAUUGAGGUGGAUGGUAAACAGGUGGAGCUGGCUCUCUGGGACACAGCGGGACAGGAGGACUACGACCGACUGAGGCCUCUCUCCUAUCCAGACACAGAUGUCAUUCUCAUGUGUUUCUCAGUCGACAGCCCUGACAGCCUGGAGAACAUUCCAGAGAAGUGGACUCCUGAGGUCAAACACUUCUGUCCCAAUGUGCCUAUAAUUCUGGUGGGAAACAAGAAAGACCUGCGGAAUGAUGAGCACACACGUCGAGAGUUAGCUAAGAUGAAACAGGAACCAGUGAAGUCGGAUGAGGCGAGGGACAUGGCUAACCGGAUCAAUGCCUUUGGUUACUUGGAGUGCUCGGCAAAGACUAAGGAUGGUGUUAGGGAGGUGUUUGAAAUGGCCACCAGGGCAGCACUUCAGGCCAAGAGACGAGGCAAGAAAAGCGGCUGCUGCCUUUUAUAGUGUUAGGUAACACAGGAUCAGGAGGGAAAUUAACAUCCAAGAAAAAUAUCCCUGUACCUGUUUUCUCCAAGGCGGGCACAGUUGACUGGGGAGUUGUAGGGAUGAAAUAGGAAGGUCAAAUGCAAUGGAAAAGGUGAAUACAUGUAUAUACAUUUAAGUUUGACAUUAUAGCUUUUAGCUUUCAAAUAAGAAAUAUUGUAAUCUCGAGUUUAGGAUUCCAUAAACCUGAAAUUAAGAGAACAUGACGAGAAAGGAACAGCUCUCCUACUCAUUCUAUUACUCCAGUACAGUAAUCAUACUUAUACCUGCCUAAUGAGCUGUUGGAAGACUUCCAUGGCUUGCAGUGUGACUGUGCUUGUCUUGUUUUUCACUCUCCUUAAUUUCCAAAGUUAUAACAUUAUAUGAACACGCUUUUCUUUUCUAUGAACCUGUAAUACUUCAUACUAUUUCCCAUUCAAAUGCAGAGCGUUUGAUUAUUUGCAGCUAAGUAUAAAUACAUAAUGAGACCAACUAAGAGUGUUUUAUACCUGCUUUUUAAUUAAUACAAUUUGAUUGCCCUUUGGACAGUUACUGUUAAUCCGGAAAUAGUAACAGCCCUUAAUUUAUAACUGCCACAGGGGGCAGAGCCUUUUUUUUAACAAGCUGAAAAGAAUUUAUUCCUUGAUUUCCCCAGUUUUCUGAGGCUAUUUCUUAAUUUAUUAAAAAUCCACCCAGUUUUAUCAUGUUAUCACUUUUAAUUUGCUGGUAAUGCAAACUGAACACUGUCUCCCUGAUAAAUGUAAUUUCUAUAGCAAAAUGUCUUUUACUACAAAGUUGUGUAGUGUAGUUUCCUCUUCAUAAUAAAUACUGUUUUCAGUUACUUUUUGUAAAGUUACUUUAUCAAUAUUUGACAUAAGUAGGAUAAUAGGAUGAAUUGCUUGCUGACAGUUGGCUUUUAGAUUAGAUUAGAUUAGAUUUCUUUAUUUAUCCACACAAUGGGGAAAUUCACUUGUUACAGCAAUAAUAGAAAAACAGAAUUAAAGUAACAGUGCCGAAGCACAAUAAAAAAAAAACCAUAAUAUAAAUAAUACUACAAGAUAGCAUACUGGAAAUAUACAUAUUGCAAUGUAACCAUUUUAAGUGACCAUGAUAUAAAUAUAGAUGUUAAGUGUUGAAUAUACAAAUACAGCUAUGGUGAGAAGUUUAGUGGAGAUAGAGAUAAUAGACAGGGACUACAACAUUAUCAGGUGGUGCUGGUGUUGUAGAGCCUGACUGCAGCCGGGAUGAAGGACCUGCGGAACCUCUCCUUCUUACACCGUGGGUGUAACAGUCUGCUGCUGAAGGAGCUGCUCAGGGACCCCACAAUGUCAUGUAGGGGGUGAGAGGUGUUGCCAAUGAUGGACGCCAGCCUGGCUAACAUCCUUCUGUCCCCCACUUCCUCAAUGGAGUCAAGAGGACAGUCCAGGACAGAGCUCGCUCUUCUUAUCAGUCUGUUGAGCCUGCUCCUGUCUCUGUCCGUGCUACCCCCCCUCCAGCAGACCACAGCGGAAGUGAAUGAAACAGUGUUUGUGUUGAAGAAGUGAUGCUCAGAGGAUAGUUGAUGGAAUCAGUGCCAUGGGACUGUCAGCUAUAGUGAUUGUUCAUCUGCAACAUACAGUAACUCCACAGCAAAGUGUUUAACCCUUCUUUCCCCCCCACUCUGCCAGUUCACUCAUGUCUUCAUCUGUUUUUCUGCUCUGUUGUAUGUUAUGUUAUGUUCACUUUGUGAUAUUCUACUGGUUUUUGUUGUAUUAUUUGCACACAGCUAAAAUCAGGAGGUCGGUGUGUUAACACUUGGAAAAUAUAUGAUGUCAGAUUAUGAAAUACAAAUACAAGCAAAUCCUUAAAUCCUUAACGAUCGGUCAUUUGUAAUAUUCUUUUGUAUGCUAAUAUCUCAUGACAUUUCUCAAGUCGUCUUUUGUAACGAAAUAAAUUGUAACAGAGAAUGACCAAA